AUGUAUAGGGUAUUAAGAUCAUCAUCAUCUUCUUCUUCUUCUUCUUCUUCUUUGUCAUCAUCAUCAUCAUUUAGAUAUUUCUCAACGACAAACAAUAUGACUAGCAAAGGACCAAAACAAUCAACUAUCGAAGGUAAAUUGAAUACAGAAUUCAAUCCCAUUCAUCUUGAAGUAAACAAUGAAAGUUAUAUGCACAGUGUUCCAAAAGGAAGUGAAACUCAUUUUAAAGUAAUUGUAGUCUCUGAAUUAUUCAAAGGUAAAUCAAUGAUUCAACAACACAGAAUGGUGAAUGAACUAUUAUCAGAAGAAUUAAAGGGUGGUGUACACGCACUAAGUAUUAAAACUGCUACUCCAGAAUCUUGGGAAAAGAACAAAACAAUCACUCCAUCUCCUAAUUGUAUGGGUGGUAGUAAAAAGGAAAAGGAAAAAGAACAAAUGGAACAAAAUACAUACAACAAAGAAGAAGAAGAAGAUAUGUCUCCAAACAAUAAUAAUAUAAAUGUUGUAACAUCAUCUUCUUCAACGGUCGACCGUGUAUUAUAUAAUAAUAAUAAUAAUAAUAAUGCUACUACGUCUUUUAAUCAUAUCUUUAAAUCAUUGCAUAUUAGAAAUACUGUAUUUAAACAAAUGUCAAGUCUACCUCCAUCAUCUUCAUCAUCAUCGUCAUCAAGUAAACAAAGCGUUGGUAUUGGAGUAUAUAGAAAAUACUAUGGUUAUUUGAAAGGAAAAGAGUUGAUUGCAAGAUCAUUACCAUUGACUUGUUUGAUUCAACAAUAUGCACUGCCAUGGGGAUUUAUCAAACAUUAUCUUCCACCAAAUAGAAAGAAUGGUGGUGAUGUAUUGCUACGAUCACACGCCAUCAAUAUGUACUGCUGUCAUCCCAACGCAGACAUUGAAACACUACUGCAUCUACUCGAAUGGUCACCCGACUAUCAACCUCUAGACGAUGUUGUAUUGGAUGCAGUAUGUGAUCAUGGUAAUAUUGAUAUACUCAAACUACUACAUCGUCGGUAUCCAAAGAUGCGGUGUACUGUAAAGGCUGCUUCAAAUGCCGUAACAAGUGGACACCGACAUAUCAUCGACUUUUUGAUUGCCAAUCGUACCGAAGGCUAUGGAUUGUCAACAUAUGAGGCAUGUGCCGAUCAUGGUCACUUGGAUAUUCUCAAAUUACUCAUUCAACACAAUCAAGCGUUGGGUAGUGGUAGAACUGGUAUUCCAGUCGGUCGGUGGCUAGUCUCUGCAUUAAGAAAGGCUGCUCGACACGGUCAUCUAAAUAUCAUCGAAUAUUGUUAUGAAACUAUAUUGUCUAUUGAUAAUGACAAUGAUAAUGAUGACACUACUUCUACCUCCACCACAUCCUCUUAUUUUCAAUUGGCAAAAGAAGCAUUUGUUGAUAUAGGUUGUGAAGCUUCGAUUCAUGGUCAUUUGGGUAUCAUUCAAUUUAUUCAUAAUAACCAAUUAAAAGCAUUCUCUAGUAAUACAAUGGAUACUGCUGCAAUGAAUGGAUAUUUAGAUAUGGUUCAAUUCUUGGACACUAAUAGAACAGAAGGAUGUAGUAAAGCAGCGAUGGACAAGGCAUCUGAAAAUGGGUAUUUAGAGAUUGUAGAGUAUUUACAUAAACAUCGAACUGAAGGAUGUAGUAAAGCAGCGAUGGACAAGGCAGCUGAAAAUGGGUUUCUCAGUAUAGUUGAAUUCCUUCACCAAAAUACAAGUCAAGGAUGUACAGUGGCUGCAAUGAACUAUGCCGCUCGCAAUGGCUUUAUUGACAUUGUAAAGUACCUGGAUCAAAAUCGUCUAGAAGGUGCUACCUAUGCUGCAAUGGAAGGUGCAUCUCUAAACGGGUUUCUUGAAGUUGUAGAGUAUCUACACUAUAACAGACCUGAAACUAAAUCAAUUGGAGCUCUCUCAACUGCAACUUAUAGAAAUAGAUUAGAUAUUUUAGAAUUCUUAUUUGUUAAUAUGAAUCUAACUGGAGAAGGGGUAGGAGCAGGAGUAGGAGCAGGAUCACCCAACUAUUCAUUGGAUUUGGCAGCUGUUCAAGGUAGUUUUGAAGCCAUUAAAUUCAUUUAUGAUAAUACCUCUGAGAGGUGUUCAUCUGAUUCAUUGGUAUCGGCAACUCGAUAUGGUCAUUUUAAAGUAGUAGAAUUAAUUUUAGAAACUCGUCGUGAACAACCAGCUCUUAAAGAUGCUAUUCUAAUGGCUGCGGAAUUUGGUCAUUUAGAAAUCCUCAAACUACUUCAUCAACAUCAUGGUGGUAAUUGUCAUCCAUCUGAAUUAUUUGAUAGAGCAGUAACCAGCGGUCAUUUGGAUAUAGUUAAAUAUAUUCAUUCCAAUUGUUCACUCUGUUCCAAUGGUUGUUCCAAAGCAACGAUGGACAAGGCAGCAGAAUGUGGUUUUUUAUCAAUAGUUGAUUUUCUUCAUCAAAAUCGAACUGAAGGUUGUUCAUACAAUGCAAUGGAUUCGGCAGCAUCACAAGGAUAUUUUGAUAUAGUUACCUUUUUACAUAAAUAUCGUCAAGAAGGAUGUAGUAGAGUUGCAAUGGACCAAUCAGCUAGCAUUGGAAGACUAGAUAUUGUCUCAUUUUUACAUCUGAAUCGUACAGAGGGUUGCUCACCGUUGGCUAUUGAUUUGGCAUGUUCCAACAAACACUUUGAAGUUGUUUCAUUCCUACAUUUCAAUCGUAGUGAAGGUUGCACCCCAAGAUGUUCAGGACCAUCCAAUAUCAUCGAGUUUCUAUAUCAACAUAAAAGAUUGAAAAGAAUUGUUGAUGAUGAAAAUGAUAAAUUAAAAUCAUAUGAUGCUCAAAAAAUUAGAAAAAAGUAA